AUGCACGGGCGUGAAAACACGGUAAAACCGGCUCAUGAUGCCACUUGCGGCUGGCUGAGCCAACACCCGGAUAUUGUCGACUGGCUUAAUGCCAGCGACGGUAACGACUUUCUCUGGAUCAUGGGAAAUCCAGGAACCGGAAAGUCGACCGUUAUGAAAUUUGUUAUCGAUCAUGUUCGGACCACCCACUCCACACCCGAAAACCUUCAGCUCCUGAGCUUUUUCUUCCACAACCGCGGGGUUGAACAGGAGAAGAUAGUUCUGGGCCUGUACCGGACCUUUCUAUACCAAAUCAUUAAGGCCAAGCGACGACAUCCCGGUCUGGCACGGCUUUUGAAAGAGACCCAAGUUGAUCCUACAGAAGUCGAGGGGGUCCAAUGGACCAAUCCAUUCCUGCAACGACUUCUAUUCAACGCCCUUAACCAGCUUUUCAGUGGGGACAAACUCGUCUGUUUCGUUGACGCACUCGAUGAGUGUGAUUCUGGACAGGCGAGAGGGCUUGUGGGAACAUUGCAGCAGGCUAGGAGAUUGGCAGCUGCCGCGGGAGUGAAUCUCCUUAUCUGCAUCUCAAGCCGCCAUUUUCCUCACAUAUCCGUCGAACGAAGGUAUCUCCUGGUCCUGGAACGAAUUGAAGAUCAUUACAAAGACAUCAUCAGCUAUCUUGAUACCGAGUUGAACAUUGGUCAGGGCCAGGAGCAGGAGACGAUGCGGCGGGAGCUCAUUCGGAAGUCCCGCGGGAGUUUCCUGUGGGUUGUGCUCGUCGUCGCCUCGCUCAACGAAGCAUAUGAUCAAGGAUUGAUGGAGGCACUCGAAGCGCGCAUGAAGGAAAUACCAGACGACGUUGCGAAACUGUUUGCCAGCCUUCUCAACAAAUCAGGUCCCAAUCAGCUCGACACAUACCAUUGUCUAUUGUGGGUGCUUUGCAGCCGGGAGCCCCUGAAGGUGUCCGAGCUAUACGUGGCCAUCCUUCGCAGCCGCAAACCGCCAGAGGAUAUCCUUGUCCUCAAAAGUAACCUACCGCGCAUCGAGGAUAUGUCACGCUUCAUCAUCAACUGCGCGAGGGGUCUAGUGGAGAUCCUGCCACAGGACCCUAGCCCCGACGCAUUCUACGAUACCCCCUACGAUCCCAUCCUGCAAUUUAUUCAUGAGACGGUGAUUGAUUUUUUAUCUUCACCAAACGGGCUGACACGCCUGGACGGUCUCGAAGCACCCGAGUUCCAACCUUUCGCUCAUGAUAAAAUUGCAUCAGUCUGCCUAAAGUACUUGGAGGACCUCCUGGUGCAUAACCCGCACCUGGGUGCAUGUUCAUCGCUAGAAAGCUAUUCGACAAGAUUCCUAACCUCGCACGCGGGAAGAGGUGCGAGUGUCGGGUCAUUCGUUGAGAAUCUAGACGACCGCAUGGUUUUUGUUUGGCUGAAGAAGUAUUUCACGUGGUUUUCUCCCGGGGUUGGUAUUGUUAUCAAGCACUUGGAUGAGACUUUACCGAAAGAGGUGAUACUUCUAUAUGCUUGCCAGACUCCCAACCGCCGUUGGCUCGAGGCACGGUGGAUGGUUCCUCAAAUCGUUGCCAAUCUGAAGAAUGUCGAUGUCGUAACCCACGGCCUUUCACCUUUAACAUUUGCGCUGCGGUGGGGUACAACCGGGUCGAUGGAUGAUAUUCUUGAAGCACUUGGUUUGCUGGGCCCAGCUUGUUCAGGGGCCCUUAUCACCAAGCUCGUCAGGGAAUAUGGCGAGAAUGCCGGGAUUCCAGGGGAGAGGGCCGUGUUGUCUUGGGUGAAGUGGCAUCCCACACUCCUUUCGUUUUUCGUUGCCGCCGGAGCUGCCGACAUGGUGCGACAACUGAUCCGCAGCGACAAGCUUGACGUGAAUGCCAAGCACUACACGGGGCGUACCCCUCUGGUCUUCGCGAUCGAGAGAGGCCACGACGAGAUUGCGACACUACUCCUUCAAACCGGACGCGUUGAUCUCCGGGCGAGGUUCCAGGGCCGGACAGCAUUGAUGAGCGCAGUCUCGGCCAGGCGGGCCGGAAUCGUCGAGCAGCUUCUCAGGCACGGACAAGUACUGCGAGACAUCAACGUUACGAGUGGCCAGGACGAUAUGGCCACGGCCCUAUUGAUGGCUGUUGGUGAUGGACCGUUCGAGUCCUCCAUUGUCAGCUUGCUCCUCUCCGUGCCUGGGAUCGACGUCAACAGCAGUCGUGUGUUCUCGAGAAGUACCCCGCUGCACGAGGCGGCGAAAACAGGGGCCGUCGAGGUCAUGGAGAUGCUCCUCGCGCGCCCGGACCUCGACGUGAACAAGCCCGACUCCUGGGGCGACACGGCGACCAUGCGCGCGAUCCGGCAGCCGGACCGAUCCCGUGCCAGGCUCGUCCUGGAGGCCCUGCUGCGCAGCCCCAAAGUGGACUUUGACCGCCAGGACGCGGUAGGCUGCACCCUGCUGGGGCAAGCUGUCGCCGCCGGUGACGUCGAGCUGGUCGAGGUGCUGUUGGCCAGCGGGCGCUGCGACGCGAACCUGCCUGACCGGCUAGGCUACACCCCCUAUCGGACCGCGGAAUUGCGGGGCCUGCGCGACAUCAAGCGCCUGUUUGUGGACCUGGUGCCGGACCUCGACGUUGAUGCGAGGGAGGUGUGGGCGGCGGGCUGUCCCUGA